AUGAACAAGGCCCUCACUAUUACUACCAUUGCAGCCACCGUCUUCGUCGGUUACGCUGCCUACUUUGACUACCAAAGAAGAAAUUCCGCUGAAUUCAGAAAGUCUUUGAAGAAGAAGGCCGUCAAGCAUGCCAAACUCAGUGAAAAGAUAGAAAAGGAAACCAAGAAGUCCAAAUUUGAGGCUGUCAAGAAGGCUUUGGAAGAAGACUUGAAGGCUAACCCAGUCCCAGUUGAUUUGGCCGAAAAGGAGAACUUCUUCAUGCAGCAAGUUGCUUUAGGUGAGCAAUUAGCAUCUCUUCCAGACCAAAAGAUCGAAUCGGCCCUUUGUUUCUACAAGGCCUUGGCCGUGUAUCCUAACCCAACCGAUAUCUUGGGUGUCUACCAAAGAUCUGUUCCUGAAGACAUCUACGAGGUCGUGGUCAUGAUGAUCGCAGCCAAGCCACCUCCAGCUGUGUCCAACGUGUUGAACCCUGAACUUAAGGCUGAAAAGCCAGAAGAAGACUUAGAUUAA